AUGCAGCCGGUUCUGUUUUCGCCGAGUCGCUCUGAGGCUACCUCUCGCCGGGCCAGAGACGCCUCCAAGCAGGGCCCCUGGCGGUGCUCCAACUGUCCCAAGGAGUUUGCUCAGAGUGAGUACUACGCCCUGUCGUGCCUUGUUAUGGUCAAUCCCUUUGAGAAGAUGACGGUUCGUGCCUGUACCGCCAACAGUCGCACUCCUGGCUCUACUCUACCGCAUUCUUUCCCUAGUUCCUUGCGCUGUAUUCAAUCCUCCCAACGACAGAAGCUAUCCAAGCAGAAGUCUUGCACAGCCUGCGCAUCCUCGAAAUUGAGCUGCGAUCUGGGUACGCCGUCAUGUUCACGCUGCAUCAACAGGAACAAGACGUGCCGAUACGUCUCGGCCAACAAUCCCAACGACACGUCUCAGCAGAUCGAGGCAUCCCAACCGGGGCACCACGCUCGCACCGUUUCGGGGCAGCCCUAUGAUAAUACCGUUAUCGGAAAUAGCUCAUCGCUGUCAAGUUACUCUGCUCGCCGUCAAUCAGAUCUUGAGCUUGAGGCUGUCAUGCAUAACGCGGGGGACCAAAGCCGCACCUCUGCCACCUCCAACGGCCUGCCGCUUGCAGCUCUCCAACAACAGCCAUUACCUGCACAUACGCCUCAUGGUAUCACUUUAAAUGGGUGGCAGGCGAAUACGCAGACAAACAGACCAAACGUUGGCUUUGGAGAUCCUACGCCAAGUCCGAGCCAGCUUGAGAGGGACAGCAUUUCGUUAUUUAACUUGACCAAUGAGACAGAGGCUGCGUCCCGAUGGCAGCAAGAAAUCCCUUGGUUCUCACAGAAUGCAUUUCUGUCCCCUGAAUUGCCUAUAUCGCCAGAGCUCAAAGACCCUUUGCAGGGAAGCGGCUUUACGGGAGCUUCUGAGGAUCUCAACUUUGAUCUCCUGGGCUCACUUGGGAUCUUGACUCAGAAUCGGAUCACUCCGGGUCAGGCAUCUCAACCGGGCGGAUUUUCAACUAUGCUAAAUACUCCAGCCUCAUCUGAUGGUCACUACCCGAGAACAACAUCCAUUGCCAAUCACCAUAGUAAUCAAAACUCUCCACUUGAUACUGAGGCCGAUACCGAACGGGGCGGAACUCUGCAUGGUGCUGUCAAAGCUGCGCGUGGUACGGAGUUGCCAAAUACGGUCGCACCGCGUCUUCCAUAUGGUAUCAGUCCAAACCUGCCGUCGUGUCCUUUUCACAGACUCCACAAAGAUGAUGAUCUGAUCAAAAUGGUCAGCAACUACCCUAGUGUCAUGCUAAAGCCCGGAGUAUACCCCCCCUUCGUACAUCAUAAGCUGUACCGAUGUUCUGCUGGGGAUGUUGCAGAGCCACUAGCAAAGGCAUUCUGUUGUGUCGGGGCGUUCUACGCAUCUGUCCCUGUCAGCGAGACAUUUGUUUACUCGCUCAUAAAUGAGGAGACCAAUAAGCUUGUCAAAGGAUUUCAUCAACUCCCCGGUUCUGAUGCGGACAUGCUUGCGGUGGUCCACGCUAUGUGUAUCUAUCAGAUCCUGGGGUUCUUUGUGAGCGUAAAUCCGGAACAGACGUGCGCAGCCGAGUCGCAGCAGAUGUUCUUCCUCAAGAUGACCAGGCGUCUCGCCAAACAAUAUCUGCAAACCUCAACAGCCGAGGACGGCGAAGAGAGCAACUGGCGUAAAUGGCUCAUGGAUGAGACAAUACGAAGAACCGUUUUCCUUGUCAAUGCCAUAAAUACUCUUUCCUGUCGUGUUCAGAAGCAGGAUCCAAACUACUUUGAGCCUCUAGACAACGAUCUGAUUCAUAACUUGACCCUCCCGGCACCUGAGGCUAUUUGGAAAGCCUCAUCGGCAGAGGAAUGGACUCUCGCCAAGUCUCAACUUCCUGCUGAUGAUUUUACACGGACAAAGGUCACUGUACGUCAGGCUGUUGAUCAGAUUAAGAGCAUUGGAAGAUCUGGGGAUCGAGGCACUCAUGUUAGCCGGCUCCAGUUCGAUAUGAUUGACGACUUCACAAAGCUAGUCAUUGCUACAGCAGAUGUACAGUAA